CAGGGGAUACUACAGGAGACAAAUGGGAACAUGCCCGUAUUUCUUCAAGAUAAAUGUUUGCUCUCUAUGAUGGGUUAUUGUGCACCGGAUCUCAGCAGUGAUGACCAAUUGCUGAAGGUUGGAAAGAUAGACGGUAGUCACUUCAACUCCACUCAUGGGAAUACACAUCCUUGGAGUGGUGAAAAUAUGCUUGGAGAAAACUGUGGACAAUCAAGCUGUAGAUGUCACAAACUUCACGGAUUGUUGGAACAAUAUAGGCUGGCUUCUGUUGAAAAUGGCCACUGGAUUAGACUCAUUUAUGGUUCGAGUGAAUAUCUUGGUGAAAAAAAUGAGUGGAUACCUGAAUUGCAUCACAUACAUUGGGACAGUCAGACAAUAUCCAACAUUGAUCUUCACGUAUGUAAUAGUUUAUGAAACUCCCACAUUUGGUGGUCACCAUUUUUCAUUGGGACUUUGGAGUUCUUCUGAGCAAGUGAAAACUCCUCUCAAGAAACCCAAAUGGGUCAAAGACCUUCAUCAAAAGCAGCCACUACUUGACUUGGAUACCGUAAUCCUGGCUAUUAACUGUGCCACUGCUGCCAGAUUAUUGCUUCAAAGACACGUGCAUCCUGAAAAGUCCAUGUCUCAGUUUCACAUUGUUUGCUUUUUCUUCACCUUCAUAUGGAAACUACUGGCUGUGUCUGUGGCUUCAUUUUCCACUUUAUCCUACAUCACUCUUCAGUUUCUCCAUGUUCUUUUAAGUUGGGGAUCACAAUCAUCUGUAUACACCACAUUAGCAAAAGUAUUCAGCAAUACUGGGAGUAUUAUGCAAAUCCGCUGUUCGCAAAUCUUAUAUUGGCCAAUCUCCCUUCAAGAUAACGGUUUCAGGUCUCAAUCAUGCGUCGAAUAUGCAGAGAAAGCUGCUUCACAAAAGCAUUCCAUGUGGUUAAGUAUAGCAGUUGAUGUUAUUUUGGGCAACUUGCUUGGCAUUGCGAUGUUGUUUCAUGCUGAAUCUACUUGCUUAUGGGUUUUGAAUUUUGCAAAAGACAUUACGAACUAUUUGUUACGCUCUGGUUGUGUGUGGUUGAUGGGAAUCCCUGCGGGUUUCAAGUUAAACACUGAGCUGGCAGGAGUUCUUGGCAUGAUUUCUCUCAAUGCAAUUCAAUUUUGGUCGACACUUUGGUUCUUUGUGGAUUUUCUCUUUAUCUAUUUUAUUAAGGGACUUGCGAUAUCCGGGGUUCUUUUUGGUAUGACUACCCCUGCUGCUCUGCUCAUAGACAUAAUUUCACUAGCAACCGUGCACGUGUCAACUCUUCAUUGCUCAAUCUCACUACUCUAUUCAUGGCAGUUACAUGCUAUAGCAGCCUUGUGGCGCCUUUUCAGGGGUCAGAAGUGGAAUCCUCUACGUCAGAGGUUGGAUAGUUAUGAGCACACAGUGGAACAACAUAUUGUUGGCUCUCUUCUGUUCACACCGUUGUUACUUCUUCUACCUACCACUUCUGCUUUCUACAUUUUCUUCACCAUCAUGAACACAACCGUUAUCUUUGUCUGCAUACUUGUUGAGGUCACAAUAUCUUUUGUUCAUACUACGCCUUACACCAAACUCUUCCUGUGGUUAGUGAAGCCGAGAAGAUUUCCAUCUGGAAUAUGGUUUGAAAUUUUAUCUGGUCAAAGUAAUGUUAUUGACGCUUCAGAGACUAGAUUUGAUGAUGAAAUUGGUUGUGUGUCCGAGAAAUCAAGUGAAGGAGUUGACAUAGGCCAGAGUAAAUCCACUAUAUUGGUUUCAUUGCUCCACGGCAACUAUUUGAAUAUGGGACAAAUAGUUUGGCCUCAUUGUAGAUAUGUUUACUCUGCGGUUUCUAGGUCAUCUAUCGCUUCAUCAGUUUAUGGAGUUCUCACUGGAAAGAGUAUACCAUCUGCUAUGGGGACCCGUCUCCCUUCGAAAAUGCCAUGGAUGUGCAUCCCCUGCAAGGAAUAUUGGCGCCUUUGCCAUGAUGCAGUUCUUGCGUGCAAGACAGAUUGUACAUGUCAUGCACGUCAAUGAUCCAGCAACACUUUCAAUGACCUAAGCUGACUUUGAUAUUCUUGUAUGGUUGAGUCGUUAAUUCUUUUUUCUUAUCACGCUAGGUAUUCAGGGCUACCACUGAGUGCUGGCCAUCUCGAAUCAAUUUUGGUAGGGCUGUUCUAAGCAUGAAAAUACCCAAAGUUGUAGGGUAGAUAAUGGUUUGACUUGUGCAUAUCUGAUGCAAAUUCUUUCCCACUUUCUCUGCCUCUCUUAACUUCUGCACAUUAUAGUUUGUGUUGCGUGGAUGCGUCUCG